CUCAAAUAAUUCGGUAUUCGUCUUUCAAUCUUAGAAGUGCGAGCUUGUAGUAAAGAGAGCGGAAAGUAAAGAAGAAAAGUAAAGAAAAAAAAGGAAAUCGAGUAUGUGCUUAUGUGUGUGAGUGUAUACGAGUCUGUGUAAUAGUAUUUCGUGUAAUAAAGGCAAAACUACUAUAGUGAUUUUCAAAGGGCAAUUGAUGACCUCUGUGUUUCUCUCGUUUUGUAUAUCUUCGUUGGUGCUAAGAAAGAGAAAGAGGAGAAGAAGUAGUAGUAGAAGAAGAAGAAGAAGAAGAAGAAGAAGAAGAAGAAGUAUAAGAAGAAGAAGAAGAAGAAAGAAAGAGGAAUAGUAGUAAAUUCUUCGAUUCCCUUCGAUUCCCUUAUUGCGAAAGUGAAAGAAAUCCAGGUUUUCUAUCGCGAAGGAAUGAUAAUGUAAAGGACAAUGAGACUCGAGUAAAAGUCAAAGGCGGAAUAUUUCGACCUGAAAAUUAAAAUGAGAGGAAAUUGCAAAAACGCAGAAUUUGUUGUGCGGGAGUCGAAUCAACAGCAACAGCAACAACAACAACAACAGCAACAGCAACAGCAACAGCAGCAAGAAAUCAUCAGAGACGAACAACAUCCCCACCAUUCCUCAAUCACGCCCGGUUGGGUUAAUACAGACAGAACUGUGAAAGAGGAACCGGUUGAAGACAAAAACGACGAUUCGGGGAUGUCACCAGGAGAUUACACAAGUAAUUCAACGUCCCCUAUGAGCGGAGGAUCUUUUUCAGCACCAAAUUGCAGCUUAUCGCCUGAAAGUUCAACUUCGCAGGAUUCGAAUAAUAUCCAAUCUAAUAAUUCAGAUUAUAGUCCACAACAAAUGUUUAAUGAGUGUAGAGUACCUGGUGAAUUCAAUCAACACGGACAGACCGAUGAUUCUCAAAUGGCCAUGAAUGUUGCUUCUGAUGCUGCCAAGUCCAACUCCGAUAAUGGAGAUGCAUUACAAUGUCCCAUUUGUGGCACAAUAAGUUUAAAUAAAUCAAGUUUUUCGGAACAUCUUUCUAAUCAUUACGGCAAUAGGGUGGAAAUGCAAGAUAAUGGAAAUAAUGAAUCGACUGAUAUAAGCGUUCCCGGACCGUCUCGAGAGAGCAACAGUCAAACUUCACCGAAUCCUGGAGAAAGAUCGGAAGUUGACGAAUCUGAGGAACCUGGACUUCGAGUACCACGAGUGAACUCACAGGGAAGAAUAAAAACUUUCCGGUGCAAACAAUGUCAGUUCGUCGCUCUAACGAAACUUGAAUUUUGGGAACAUAGUCGCAGACAUAUAAAAGCAGAGAAAUUAUUAACUUGCCCAAAGUGUCCAUUUGUUACAGAAUAUAAACAUCACUUAGAGUAUCAUUUGAGAAAUCAUUUUGGUUCGAAACCGUUCAAAUGCGAUAAGUGUUCUUAUUCUUGUGUGAACAAAUCAAUGCUUAAUAGCCACUUAAAAUCACAUUCAAAUGUUUAUCAAUAUAGAUGUGCCGAUUGUUGCUAUGCAACAAAAUAUUGUCAUUCCCUUAAAUUGCAUUUAAGGAAGUAUACUCAUCUACCUGCCAUGGUACUAAAUGCAGAUGGUUCUCCUAAUCCAUUACCAAUUAUUGAUAUUUAUGGUACUAGACGAGGCCCAAAAAACAAGUCUAAAGUACAGAAGAAAGAAGGAACUGUUCGAAGAUCGAAUAUUGAACAAACAAAUACAGGAUCGGGAAUGGUAACGCUAUCUCCUCAAGUCUCACCUACAAACUCACUUGCUACUACAACGAACUCAACUAUCGUGAAUCCUUCAUCUUCUACUAUGACCGGUGGUAGCAUGGUCAACGGCAUGGUCAACAAUUUGGAUGUUGAUAAUCAGUCUACGAUUAUAUCCUACAAUCAAACAUUUUCUGACUAUCAAUUACCAAAUAAUUUACCAAUUCAAGAACCUCAGGAGAGGCUAAUGCCUUUGGAUCUGAGUAUGCAUACGCUACCAUGUUCUUAUGAAAACAAUACCAUGAAUAAUCAAUCGAGAAGAUCAGUUACCCCAAUCAAAGGAAAGGGUACAAACAGACGAAAGGGGAAGGCGUAUAAGUUAGAUCGUAGGUUAGUUGUCUCGGAUAAUGAAACAGACGAAGAAACAACAUCACAAUUGCAGCAUACUCAUGAGUUUUCGAGAAGGAUAGAAAACGACGUUCGUAGCUUAGAAGAUCAAAUGGAUGAUCGGCAAUCAGAAGAACAUUCAGAUAAUCAUCCAGAAGAUUAUUCGGAAGAUCGUCCAGAUUAUCACCUUCCAUCGUGUUCAAGGGAUUUGGUUCCAAGAUAUCGUCCCACUUCAAACGGUGAUUCUCUAUUCUGCUAUUACUGUGAAAUAGCCUUUGUAAAUGUUAUAAUGUAUACAGAACAUAUGAAUUAUCAUGGAUAUGAAGAUCCGUAUACAUGCAACAAAUGCGGUCACAAAUGUAACGAUAAGGUAGCCUUUUUCCUUCAUAUAGGAAAAUCGAAACAUUAGUAAAUACAAAUGUUUCUCUCUCCCUUUCUUUCUCUCUUUCUCUUUCUCUCUCUCUCUCUCUCUCUCUCUCUCUUUCUCUCUCUUUCUCUCUCUCUUUUUUCCUCGUUCUAUUUUAAACUAUUUGCAUUAUACUACUUUAUAUUGAACAUAUAAAUAAAAAACGAAAAAACUUG